UUUCAAGAUAGCAAUGUUAUUAUUUCUGAUUAUAAUCAAGCCACCCAGUUGAUAUAGUAAGAUCCAUAUCGUGUCGAAUAUUCGUUAAAACGAUAAGGUGAUAAAUUAUCUUGAAAGUAAUAUAUUUUUAUUUUCAUCUUUUGCGCACAGCAUUUUCAAUACUUGUGCAUAAGAGAAAAACGUGAAUAUUUUACGAAUCAACAAUCUUUCGGACACCCCGUAAACAAAACUGACGGCAGAGCCAUCUUACGACGCACUUAAGCAGUAUGAAUUGACAGAAUGAUAUGGUUAUAAUUAUCAUGUUAUAUAUGAGGCGAGUAAUAUCAGGAUCACGUGAACGCACUUGAACAUCCGACGAGGACACAGUCGUCGACUACAUUUAGUGUACUGAUACACCAUACGCAUCAUCGCUGCUCAGUUGAGUGAAAGUCAACUGCGAUGACAGUGGAUGUUAAGGUUCUCGAUGGCGGCUUCUCGACGCAACUCGCUAUGCACGUAAAUGAUACGAUCGACGGUGAUCCAUUGUGGACGAGUAAAUUUCUUUAUUAUAAUCCUGAGGCUAUUUAUAAGACGCAUCUUGACUUUUUGCGUGCCGGUUCCGAUAUUAUCGAGACAAACACGUAUCAAGCCUCGGUGUCGGGCUUCGUACGAUAUUUAAACAAGACCAAAGAAGAAAGUUUGGAGCUCAUAAAGUUAGCCGUUGAUCUCGCUAAGAGAGCUGUGAUACGAUAUAAGGAGGAAGUCAAGGAUCUUGAUGUGUCCAAUCGAGAACCACUCAUUGCAGGCUCAAUUGGCCCCUAUGCAGCUUAUUCGCACGACUGCUCGGAGUAUACUGGCAAGUCGUGUAACAAAUUUGAUUCGAUAGAAUCGAUUAUUGAUUGGCAUAAACCAAGAUUCGAGGCACUGGUCAAUACUAGAGUUGACCUCUUGGCCAUCGAAACAAUUCCAUGUGCUAACGAAGCCAUAGCUUUAACGAAUUUAUUAAAACAAUAUCCAGAUAUAAAAGCUUGGAUAUCGUUCUCUUGUAAAUCUGAUGGAAAAAGUAUAGUGGAUGGGAGCAAUUUUAAAGAAACGGUUUUACAAUGCUACAGAUCAGUAUAUCCUGGCCAAUUAGUCGCAUGCGGUGUUAACUGCCUUACUCCAAAAGCAAUGACACCUCUGUUAAAAACCAUUAGUGAAAAAGAAAUUAAUCAAUUUAUACCUAUGGUUGCUUAUCCAAAUAGCGGAGAAAAAUAUUCAUCUACAAGCUUCACUUGGAUUAAAGAAAGUGAUUUGCAUCCUCCGGAAGAAUUUAUAAAGGAAUGGCUUGAUCUCGGGGUUCGCUAUGUUGGGGGAUGUUGUAGAACUAAUACACAAGAUAUUGAACGAAUUUCAGCAGAAGUAAAAAGUUGGAUGAAAGCCCAUCUUAAUUCAACUUAAUAUCGAAUGUAGUAAUUUUUCUUUUUGUUUCAUAUAAUUUGAUAUGUUAUUUUUUUCAAUUAUUUAAACAAGAACG